AUGUUGAAGCUUCCACGCACUGGGCUAAUUUCGCUUUUGGCCAUUUUACUGCACUCCGCAGUCGACGUUGAGGCCACUUGUGGACAUUGCUACGGAGCGCAUGCCUGCGUCGAUAAUACCACGUUCCAAUUAUGUAUUGAUGGCGUUCCACGACCGGAGCUUUCCAUACCGUGUCCGGCUGAAUUACCCGUAUGCACCAGAUUUGCCGCAAUCUGUUUGAGCCUCGACUCAGGAUUUAAGUCGGACUGUGGAGAUACCUCAAAUUGUGGGCAAUGUGGCGAUAAUGCCAUCUUCGCAUGCACCACACAGACAAGCUUUGGCAAAUGUGUCGAUGGUGAGCUCCCUAAUCCAGAACGCAUUAGUUGUCCUUCGGGAUCCUUUUGCUCUGUCAAAGGAGCAGCUGCCGGAGAUCCUUGCGUCUAUGCCUGCGAGCCGGAUUCUUCAGACACCUGCGAUAGGGAAAAGGAAUCGGACUCCGAUAAUGACACCACAGCAACAAUCCCAACCCCCACCAAUACUCCACCUCCACAAGAUGCAUCUUCAUUUUGCCAAACGCAACAGAAAGCUGGUCGCUUUGCCAUUCCCAAUGAUACAGUUUGCAUCAGCUUCAUCCACUGCAGCUACAAGGCCGGAGUCUGGCAGGGAAGCAUAACUGAUUGCCCCAGGAAUAAACCUUAUUUCCAUGCUGCCUCCACAUGUGGCACGGUGAAGCCAACCGGCGUGGGUUGUGUGUAGUUUCAUGUAAACAUCAGCUAAGAAUUAUAAAUAUUUUCAAAUAUAUACCAUAUAUAUAUAUAUGAAA